AUAAGACACAAAACAAUCAUUUAUCAAAAUAGGUAACGAUUAAUUCAAUUAGAUAGUUGGUAAAUAAUUGAUUAAUUGAGUGAUUGUUGUAGCUCUUUUUUUCUUAAAUUACUGUGGGUCUUUUAGCCAUGCAGUCAUCCAUAAUGACUACUUUAGGCUUUACUCCUGCCAGAGAGCAGGAUGUUUUCAAGGCUGAAGCAGGAGAGCAGUCCAGCUCUCAAACAAGCAGGGUAAUCAGCGGGGAGGAGGCCAGAAAGUUUUAUGAAAAUCUAAUAAAAGAUGAUAGAGGAGCAGAUGUAGAUGGUAACACACAUGAUGGGAGACAGCAGCAGAGUAGAUCGAGGAACAGAGAGUCCAGUAGAAGAGCGAGGAGGAGGAGAGUCAGAGCUUCGGAGAUGCAGCAGCUUCAAACUGACACUGUGGUGGAAAGAAGAGUUGGUGAUGGAAGCAGAGAAACGACAGCAGGAGAAACGAGUAACUCGGAAAGAAAUAUGGAGCUCUGCGGGCUCAGGUUUCUGCGCUGUGCCCAUGAGGGGGACCUCUCCAGCCUCAAAGAGCUGCUUUCAAAGGGGGUCGACAUCAACUUCCAGGACACUUAUUUUUGGACAGCUGUGAUGUGUGCAAGCUGGUCAGGACAAAGAGCUGCUGUGAGGCUGCUGCUGCAACAUGGAGCAGCCUGGGUGGGAGUGGUCGACACACAGGGCAGGGAUGCCAAAGAUUUGGCAGUGGAAGCGGGACACAGUGGAGUGUUGGAGGAGUUGGAGAGCCACGGGAGACGUCCACAGACAGAGAGACAAACUGAGAGCAGUGACCCCCAGCGUCAGUGGUGUGACGUGUGUUGUAGCGAGUACAGCGGCAGCCCUUCAUUGCACCUUUCCUCCACUCUGCAUCAGUUCAGUCUGCGACGCCCACCGCCGACCCCGUACUACUGUCUCCCGCCCUCCUCCAACAGCUACAAGAUGAUGGUUCGUUGUGGUUGGAGGCCAGGGACAGGGCUGGGGCCAGAGGGAGAGGGGCCUCAACAACCUGUGGCGACUGUGCUGAAGAGAGACCAGAAAGGCCUCGGGUUUGGACAGCUGAAAAGAGCCAAAGUCACUCACUUCCAAGCUCAGGAUCGUGAUGCAGUCAAACCACCAUCCAAGGUGAAAGAGGAGCAGGGAGGAAAAGGGAAGAGGAAGGAAGGAAUAAAGAGAAAAGAGCAAAAUGAUAAGAACUGGGAAAGAGAUUUCCGUAACUCUUUUUACCUUUGAUACCUGCUCUAGGACACAGAGAAUCUAUUAAGACAAUAUUAUGUUCCUGUUUUGUAUUUAAAGUUAUUUUCCCAUGAGGCAUAACAUGAAUACCAUGACUCUUCUACCUCAACACUGGCUGUCCAUUUAUGCAGCGUCACACUGCCGACAGGUUAUGCAAUGACUAAAUCUGACAAUGAUUAAUUAGAUCUUUGAUUGAUCCCGAUUGUGUUUACUCUGUGUGAGCAAACAUACAGUGUGUUUACUCUUGACCCACUAAGACUG